GACUGCUGACUGCUCCUGCUAGUAGACAAAAGGGGCACAGUAGUAACGUGUCCACGCAACUCGGCAAUUGGCUCGCGCUCUAUUGACAACGGCUAUCGCGACGACGAUAAUAAUAAUAACAAUAAUAAUACCUAAUAAUCGCCGCAAUAACAGUAACCACGACAGUGAUGAUAAUAGAACCAAUAACGAUUAUGAUGAUGAUGAUGGUGACGACAACAAUGACGACGACGAGGGAAAAACUACGUUCAAAAUGCGAUACCAUCGAAUAUUACGAUCGACGCGAACGAUUUUGUUGGUGAAAAAUGACGGGCAUGUUCGACGCUAGUGCUGUUUCUGUCGAUUAGCUCGUAAAACGAAUCGCAAUCGUUUUGAUGAAUCUGUUCAGCGACAGAUUGGCUACCGCGUAUUAUCCCAAUGCGACGGCAAAGGCAGCCCUCAAAAAAUUCUCAUCUCAGGAAGCGUUACCGACUCAGUCGUAUUUUGAAAGCGCCAACAGUGCUCUCAGGAUUCAGGAUCAACUGGCACGCAGACCAUACGAAGACAAUGACAAGAGACAACUGGGGGAUGACACGUUUCGCAAAAUAGUCGCUUCGGACGCAUACAGAGAAGGAUCCGCAUUACCUGCCAGCGCACCUGAAACUUCUCGAACCAAUAUCGGCAAAGUGAGACAGCUGUUCGAAGAACGUCGAAAACAACAAAUCAGACGUCCCUUACAGACGGCCGCCUUAAAAGGCAAUAAAACUGCAGCCGGUCGAGAUAAAAGUUACCCUUUGCAGCCAAUUAGACGCAAUAAGCCCGAAAUCAGGGAUGAUGCGAGCGUAGACAGUGACGACGCGCCAGACGAAAUAACCCAACCGGUUAUAUACGACAGCUCGAUAUUCGGUAGAUUACCAAAUCUCGGCGGACGUCUGUUAUCCGACAAGAAACCGACUGACGGUGAAACGAAGAGCAACUUUUCGCAGAGCGCCGAUAUGUCCUCCGCCGCCACCGCCAGGAGAAAUGUCCACUCUUCGGUGACUAAGGUGACCGAAGAUAUGUCCAGAUUGAGCACUGGUAGAUCGAUCGUCAAUGCUGUACCGAAAAAGACCGUCGUCAAUCGGCAGAUACCUUCUAGUAAACAGGACACCGUUCAACCAAUCGCAAAAUCGAACGCGGUCGCCAAUCGAUUAUCGGAUGAUAGGCUCGGUACAUCGAAUGAAAUCGACGCAACUCGUUCAACCACCGCUGAUCGCAAACCACUCGCUUCGAAAGAGGUCAAAAAACCAAUUCCUACUUCAACCUCGCCAACCGAGGAGAAACCUCUGACAAACGAAACGGUCAAAAUGACAUCAAAAUCCACAGCAGCCGCUACCGUGAAAAAACCCAGUCUACCGCCGCCUCCGGGAAUGGUCAAUUGUAAGACGUGCGGUCGUAAUUUCGCUGAAGACAGAAUUAAAAAGCAUCAAGAAAUAUGCGAGAAGGCUUCCAAAACCAAAAGAAAGAAAUUCGAUCCGCUGAAACAGAGGUUGAAAGGCACCGAAGCGGAAGGAUACAUUAAUCAAAUCAAAUCCACUAAAAAAAUUUCGCAGCCGCCAAAAAAAGACACGUGGAGGAAACAGCACGAAGAAUUUAUAAACAAUAUUCGAGCAGCUCGAACAGUCAAACAGCAUUUAGCCCAAGGAGGUAAACUAUCCGAUCUUCCUCCGCCGCCGCCAUCCGAUACAUCCGACUACGUACCUUGUCCGCAUUGUGGACGAAAAUUCAACGACGCUGCCGCAGCCAGACACAUACCGAAAUGCGCCACAAUGAGGCACAAUAAGCCCAAAAAUGUGCCCGCCAGUCGAUCCGACCCGUCCAAGAUUAAGAAAAUUAACGCUACGAGAAAACGAUAGCAGUCUUAUGUGAUGAUGUUUUGAUGUUUUUGUUACCAGUUCUGUUGUUUUUCUCAUUUUUGUGCUCUAAUUUAUAAUACUCGAAAUGUGUAAAAAUGCGAGAUACGAGCAAUAAGUAGAUAAUAAAUAAAC